UGACUCGCUUGCGGUGUUGGAUUGAAUUUGAUGCAAUGUGAGGCUGUCAUUUGCCUUUCAUCCCAUUUCACUGCAACGACGGCGGACGUGUACACACAUUGUGCGAGAAAUCGGUGAAGUAGUUCGAUAUUAACAAUUACACUGUUUUGCUAUUUACGAUACUGAUACGCUAUUCCACGUCGUUAACAGUUUGUUUUUUUAUAGACAAACAUGAGGAACUUUGUGUACGCUGUUGUGCUAGGGUUACUUGCCCUUAGCCAGUCCGGUUUUGCUAAUGAGGAGAGUUCCGCCCGGCUGCUUGUUUCCAAGCAGAUCCUGAACAAAUAUCUGGUCGAAAAUCGUGAUAUAGUUGUUAAAUAUACGCUUUACAACGUUGGCUCGGGAGCCGCCGUCAAUGUACAGUUAGUCGACAAUGGCUUCCACCCGGAGGCAUUCGCUGUGGUGGGUGGACAGUUGGCCGCUACCAUCGACCGUAUCGCUCCACAGACCAAUGUUACCCACAUCGCAGUUGUGCAGCCAAAAGCCUACGGUUAUUUCAACUUCACCGCUGCCGAAGUGAGCUACCAGCAAACGGAGGAAUCGACAACUCUGCAGUAUGCCGUCAGCUCGGAACCCGGUGAGGGUACCAUCGUGGGAGAGGCCCAAUUCAACAAGCAGUUCUCAUCGCACUAUCUGGACUGGUUCGCGUUCGCGAUCAUGACCCUGCCAUCGCUUGCUUUCCCCUAUGGCCUGUGGUUCGUUUCUAAGUCUAAGUACGAACAGUUGGCCAAGCCGGCGAAGAAGGUCAACUAAAAUGCAGCUACAGUUAGGUGCUAGGGAAGGUUAGGCCAACCAUCGUGAUCGCAACCUGGGGCAGAUUUUUCCUGCUCCAAUGUGUUCGAAGUGAGAAACUAGAUUUUCUUUUCUUGAAAAGACUAAUUUAUUACAUAUAAGAAUGUUUUUUGUUCUAAUUCUCAUCCCUCCCAUUCAUGAUUUUUUUUGUCGUUGUCCUCUAAUAAUUUCGAACAAGGAGAGAAAAAAAGAUGCCGCAUGCUCGAAGGAGCGAGCAGGAAUUGCGAAGUUUUGUUUGUUGCUUUGAAUUGUAUCAUCGAAUAAACGGUAGAAAGGAGUAAAAAUCUGUUGUUUCGUAA